AUGGCGGGAAACAUCAAUCAAAAUCUAGAUUUGGAACAAAUUUUGGCUACGCUUGCGAACCUUCCCAAACCGGAGGCUCAGCCGGUUCAAGAUCAACAACAACAACCAUACCAACCCUACCAGACUCAGCAGGGAUAUCCAGAAACUCAACAGGCAUACCCGAACCAGCAAAAUACCCAGUAUCAGCAACCAACUGAUCCUCGCUUGGCUGGUCGCGCGUCUCUUCAACAUCGACAGCCACCCCCGAAACCGCAGGACAGAGUUUCUUCUCCGUUCAUCGAUCCUUCGACCAUCACGGAAUGGAAACAAGGUCUCCGCUGUGUGAGCAAGAUAGCUUCUCAGAACCCAGACUUUGCUCCUGCAGUUCGCAAGUUAAUGAAAGAUCAAGAGUCGAAUGUCAAGUCUUGGGAGGCCGGACGGAAGAAUAUCAUUGAUGAACACAAGUUUAAGCGCGAGAAUGAGCGAACUCAUAGAGCUGCGUUGUCUCUACCAGGUCUCUUAGAGAAUACACCCGCGCUUCGAACACCAGAGCGUGAAAAGGAAGAACUUGACCAGUAUGACGCCAAGGUAUACCGAGCUUCCAAAGCCAUGGUCGAAUCACAAACAUCGUCACUCAAAGUUUUGGGUGUUCCCUUCUUCGGUGUAAAGCCACAUCUGGUACUAGGCUCCAGCUACGACCCGACAGAAGUGGGAGACUCACAGCCCACACCGACGGGUGGUAAGAUAUCAAAAGAGCAGCUUCUCGAAUUGCAGCGGAAGAUGCUGAACCACUUGAUGGAGCUGUAUGGGGACUGA